AUGGCCGACUUGCUUCUUUCACCAUCCAGGCUCCAUCACCAUGGUUACAGCAAGGUACCCGUCUGUGGGUAAAAAUCACACCUCUUUCCUGUCACAUGGUACCACCCCUCCUCCCCCCCCCUGAAUGAAGCUGACGAUUGGCUCCCUUAGCUGGUCUCCCAGUGUAACCAGUAGACUGACAGCUGCAGCAGCCAAUGAUUAGAGUGUGGGCGUGACCUCCAGCCUGGGCGGCUGUGUGAGGGCCUGAGAGCUGUCCCCGGUGUGGGAGGAGGAAGUGCUGUCAGCGGUUUCUGUCGGUGAGAGGUGUUCGGUAAGGAGGUGCCUGGGGUAAUGUAUGCCGUGCGGUGCCGUUAUAGUGCAGGGGGAGAGGCCAGCACUCCAGAUAGCUAAUAUAGUCAUUGUAACAAAGCUCGCAAUGGGGAUGGAGACUGGCACCGUUAUCAAUAGGGAUAGAGACUAUUAUACUCAUUGUCUAUAGCCAACACAGCAUCAACAUCCCUGGGCUACCCAGCAUUAACAUCACUGGGCUACCCAGCAUUAACAUCCCUGGGCUACCCGGCAUUAACAUCCCUGGGCUACCCAGCAUUAACAUCCCUGGGCUACCCAGCAUUAACAUCCCUGGGCUACCCAGCAUUAACAUCCCUGGGCUACCCAGCAUUGACAUCCCUGGGCUACCCGGCAUUAACAUCACUGGGCUACCCAGCUUUAACAUCCCUGGGCUACCCGGCUUUAACAUCACUGGGCUACCCAGCAUUAACAUCCCUGGGCUACCCAUCAUUAACAUCCCUGGGCUACCCAGCAUCAACAUCCCUGGGCUACCCAUCAUUGACAUCCCUGGGCUACCCAGCAUUAACAUCCCUGGGCUACCCAGCAUCGACAUCCCUGGGCUACCCAGCAUUGACAUCCCCGGGCUACCCAGCAUUAACAUCCCUGGGCUACCCAGCAUCAACAUCCCUGGGCUACCCAUCAUUAACAUCCCUGGGCUACCCAGCAUCGACAUCCCUGGGCUACCCAGCAUUAACAUCCCUGGGCUACCCAGCAUCAACAUCCCUGGGCUACCCAUCAUUAACAUCCCUGGGCUACCCAGCAUCAACAUCCCUGGGCUACCCAUCAUUAACAUCCCUGGGCUACCCAGCAUUGACAUCCCCGGGCUACCCAGCAUUAACAUCCCUGGGCUACCCAGCAUUAACAUCCCUGGGCUACCCAGCAUCAACAUCCCUGGGCUACCCAUCAUUAACAUCCCUGGGCUACCCAGCAUCGACAUCCCUGGGCUACCCAGCAUUAACAUCCCCGGGCUACCCAGCAUCUACAUCCCUGGGCUACCCGGCAUCGACAUCCCUGGGCUACCCGGCAUCGACAUCCCUGGGCUACCCGGCAUCGACAUCCCUGGGCUACCCGGCAUUAACAUCCCUGGGCUACCCGGCUUUAACAUGA